GUAUGGUGUGGCCCUGGAAUUGGAUUCGCAUCAGAUCAUGCUUUUGCUUCUGUGGAUUGUGUGGUGGCAAGGAAAAAUGCUUCUUCAAGAAGGAACCUUGAUGCUGUUGAGAGAGAAACACAUAGGGAAGAGUGUCCAUGAUCUUUAAAAAGAACUAACCCUGAGAAAUCUAUGGAAGAGUUCCGAGCAGCUAAUCAAAAACUUGGUGAUGACGUGGGUGUAAAGUCUUUAAUGCAAAGUAAAGUUGACUCUGUUAUUACUUUGCAUGCCCUUGCAAUGUUGACUAUGAUGUUCUACAGCUCAAAAAGCAAAGUUCCUGUUUGGCCCUUCCUUUUACUUUCAUGUUUUGGCAGUGCAUAUGCGCUUCUUCCUUAUUUCAUAUUUUGGAAUCCACCAGCACCUCCGACUGAAGAAGCUGAGCUUAAAUCAUGGCCAUUGAUCUUUCUUGAAUCAAAAGUAACUGUAGUGAUCGGAUAUAGUAAGGUAGACAUCCUCUGCUCAGAAAGUGGGAAGCAGCGAAUAAUUUUGAUGGACCAAGAAUCUCAAGAAGCAAGUAUAUUGCCAUCAUCACUAAGAAGCUCAAGAAAGAGUGAAGCUAUCCAUAAAUUAGGAUAUUGAAUCUUGAGGAGUCCACUAGUAGUUAUUUGUAAUCUAAUGUAUUCAGAUUGUAUUAUUGCAUGUAAAUAAUUGCUUCUUAUUAUAAAGAAAGCGCUUUGUACUCACUGGUGUGUUUUUCUAUUUAUACCAUCAAUAAAAAUUUGUAUUUAUUAAAUUUA